AUGGUCAAGCCCUGUGAAAAUGCGACCGUCCGCUCUCAAACCCCAAAUGGCUUGCACAUCUUCCAAGGAGAUGCUGAAGUGAAAUGCAUAGAUAAGGAGAGAGAAGCUCUCCUCACCUUCAAGAAUGGCCUCAUCGAUGACCGUGGUGUUCUCUCGUCGUGGCAAAGCGAUGAAUGCUGUGAUUGGUAUGGUGUUGAGUGCAGCAACACCACCAGCCAUGUAAUCACCCCCCAAUGUGACUAUUGCGGAUUGCAAGGCGAGGUUCGUUAUUCAUUGCUCGAGUUGCAUCAUUUGAAUUAUCUUGACCUCAGCGGGAACAAUUUUGGAGGCAUUCCAAUACCACAAUUCAUUGGUUCCAUGAAACAAUUACAACACUUAUCUCUUGAGGAUUCUAACUUUCAUGGGAUUAUUCCUCCUAAUGUGGGGAACCUUACCAACUUACUCACACUUGAUAUCUCUGAUAACUCUUUGAGUUCUACGUCUCUUUCCGUAGUUGUUUCAGGAUUAGAAUCACUCGAAAUACUGGACUCGUCUCAUAAUCAACUGAAUGGAUCGAUUCCCGACCUUAGAGCAUUUUGUUCAUUGACAGAACUGCACCUUAGCGGAAACAACUUUUCUGGCUACAUUCCUCUGAGUAUUGGCAAAUUCUCAAAGCUUCAAGUCAUAUACCAUGAUGGCCUUGACCUCUCCAAUAAUCAGUUGACGGGAAAGGUUCCCAAUUGCUCGGAGAAAUUUCCGAACUUGCACUCCCUCAAUUUGGCUAGCAACAAGUUUUCAGGUAAGGAAUCAGGAUACAAGACAAAUCUUGAGUUUCUCAAACUCAUUGAUUUUUCAAGCAAUAGAUUAACUGGGAACAUACCCAAAUCAUUUUCCAAUAUGAGGGGUUUAAAUUCCUUGAAUCUAUCAAGAAAUAGUUUGUCCGGAGGUAUAAUUCCUGAUAUUGGUAAAAUGGAGAUGCUAGAUUCUCUUGAUCUAUCACAUAACCAACUCUAUGGCAAGAUACCAACAAGUUUGGCAGAUAUAUACACUCUUGGUUUUCUUGAUUUGUCGAACAACAGUUUGUUUGGAAAAAUUCCAACAAGUACUCAACUUCAGAGCUUCAAUGCUUCCACUUAUGCCGGUAAUAAUGGACUUUGUGGCGAUCCUCUGCCAGAGUGUCCCGAAGAUAGCUUGAGGCCAUCCACCACUAAUCCACUGGAUAACAUGAAUGAGAAAGAAAACAUUAGCUUCUUUUGUAUGCAAGAAGUUGACAUAUCAAUGGUCUUUGGUUUUAUCAUUGGAUUCUGGGGAGUUGUUGGUUCAUUUGUAGUGAAGAAAUCAUGGAGAGAUGCAUUCUUCAACUGGUUGGAUGUUGCUGGAGAUUGGUUCUAUGUCAAAGGUGGUGUGCUUGUAUCCAAAUUCAGACCAAGUUGA